AUGAACACUAUCAGCAGUACUACACAAAAACUCGACAUCAACGGAGUGCAUUCCUCUAAAGAUUCACUAGAACCUGUUCGAGCGAGUGCUGAGCUUUGCGCUUAUUGCUUCGACGUACUGCGGGCCUACUAUAAAUCGCAACACCGAUGGAGGAAAAACGUCGAAGUUGAUCUACCGGAUAUGCCUGAGAGUCUUCACCCUGAUGUUACAACUGAUGGAAUUUUCGUCACCUGGGAUAAGCGGAGUUCAUUUAA